AUACAACUCAUCAAAAAAAGAAAAGGAAAACAAAUAGAAUAACAGAGAGAAAUCGAAGAUGAAUGCCAUGAAGUUUGUUGUCCUUUUGAUCUUUGUUGGAGUUGUGUGUGCCAAUGUUGGCGUAAGGCAGCUCGAAGAAGUGUCCAAAGAGACGAAGUUAGGCAUCUCUAUUCCCAAAACUGUCACUACGAACAGCAUUGGAGCUGAGCUUGGCAGAGUUUAUGGUGUAACUGGUGCCUAUAAUUAUGAAAAUUCCAAUGCUGGUGCUGCUGCAGGUCCCAACGGUCCCAGUGCAGAUACAUCUUCAACUGUCUAUAAAAGUACUUAUGGAUAUAUCGAUGCAGAAGGUCCCAGCGCAAGUGCUGAUACUUACAGUACCGCUUUCGGUAGCACCGGUGCUAAUGCUGCAGCGGGUCCCAAUGGUGCUGGGAGCAAUGGAGACGCUUCCGGAUAUGCAUACAGCGGUGCUUCUGGCACCACCACCAACCCUUGA